CAUAUGAACUCCACCAAAAAGUUGCAACGGCUCGAUCUAUGCCGUCACCAUUUAAACCACUGACCACAACUAGCUCACCCUUCAAUACCUUCACCUCCUGUCCCCUCUAUUCUGAGGUCAAUUAGAUUCUGUAAGCCGAGAAGGCUCCAAUCAGCACAGGACUUGGCGUCCAACACAUCUAUAUAUAUUCCUCCUCAGCUCAUACAAUACAACACAAUUCACAACCUCUCCAUAUCGUGUGCACCCAUCCUGUGCCCCCACAAGUUUACAGAUUCUACGCAAAAAGGUAAUUUAUACCGCAGCAGAAUCACAACAGCAACCAUAGCUUUCCCAACAGCAACCCGCCUCACCCACCUCCUCCGCAUCAUGUCCACCACGACACCCGCCUCGACUGCUCUCCCACCCGCACCAUGGAAGUCCCUCUUCCACAAGCACAUCUCCGAGAUGAAGCCCCCCCAAUUCGUCCUCAGCACUGUGACACCGGCCCCGCCAAACUCCAACUCACCAACACCCUACCUCCCCCGCGCCCGCUACUGCAUUUUCCGAGGCUUCUGGGCCGAACUACCGGAAAACAAAGAUAAUGAGGCGGAGCGAAACCCACGAGUUUAUGAGAGCGAUUGCCCCUCUUUCACGACAGAUGUGCGGAUGGAGAAGGUGAAAGAUGUGUUCAUGAGCAGUGCAGGACAUGCCGACAGCGAGGCACAGAUACAAGGGAGCGGAGGGGGAGGCCCGGUGGAGGCGGUGUGGUGGACAGAGGAGACGGGAACACAGUGGAGACUGAAGGGGCGAGCGUUCGUGGUGGGACCGGAUGUGGAGGAAGGGAAUGGGGAGGAAGGGAAUGGGGAGGGAAGGAGUGGUGUCCGAACCCUGAAGAGUGAGGUCGGGAAGAGGAUGAGGGUCGUGGAUGAGAGUAAGGAGCAGGAGUGGAGUUGGGCGAGGGAGCUCGAGGGGAAUUUUGGGAAUAUGUCGCCCGGGAUGAGAGGUUCAUUCAAGGCACCUCCUCCUGGCCAACCGGUCAGCAAGCCUUACGACAAGGACAACCUCGAACUAGGCUCUAAAGUGAGAGAUCUUCACGAUGAGGCCGCUCGGAAGAAUUUCCGGGUGGUCAUCAUCGUCCCCGACAUCGUCGAACAAACAGACAUAAGCAAUCCCAAUAAGGCUCGCAGACACAAAUACACCUACGGUGCUGAUGGCCAAUGGACGAUAGAGGAGCUAUGGCCGUAGAGUUCUGCACGAAGAACCGCAUGACUAGGUAUCAGAGCUCAAUCCAGGAGAAGAGAGUAGAUUCGACCCUAGGUUCAAUGCCUAGAGCCUUGUACUAUGUAAACCAUAUUUACCACCCCUGACGUCGGCGACCUUUUGACAUCGGUGACGAUAAUAUACACCGGGCGCUU